AUGGCAGUUUACCCCAUUACUGAUGAUAAGACAGACAAAGACAGUCUGCGUCCACAGCAGUUUACCCCAUUACUGAUGGAAACUGCCAGUCAACCCACGGAAUUUCCAGUCAUCCGGGAACAGCUGAACCACUACCGGACUAUGGCUGAAAACAUUCAAAGCGAACUUGCAGCGACUUUGGUCAAAUUUGAAUGUGCUCAGUCUGAGCUUCGAGAGCUCCGCUCCAAGAUGCUUUCCAAAGAAGUUUGCUGUCAAGAGCUGAAGGCUGAAAUGGAGAACUACAAAGAAAACAGUGCCAGAAAAUCGUCUCUCCUCGUCUCUCUGAGAGGCAGGGUGCAGGAGCUCCAAGAGGAAUCGGCAGCACUCUCCACUUCUAGACUCAGAACCGAGAUGUCCGCACACACCACGAUGAAGGAGAACCAGGAACUCAUGAAGACAGUCCUAGAACUGGAUGAAAAGCUACAAAAGUGUUUAAAGGAAAAUGAGGAGUCUAAGAAACAAGGCUCAGAGACUCUCCAGAGACAUAAGGAAUUUCGGAGUGAACUUUGUGACUGCUUGAGUCUAGACAAGAAACAUGACGAAGUAUCCGAUGAAGAUUUAAUCUUAAAGCUUAGAGAGCUGAGCAAGGAGAACACAUUCCUGAAAGGACAAAUCAUGACUCUUGAAGAGACUAUAAAUGUCCAUGAGAUGGAGGCAAAAGCUAACAGAGAGACGAUCAUGAGGCUGGCGGCAGAAGUCAGCAGGGAGCAGAAAAGAGCUGCCUCCUGGGCCGUGGAGAAAGACAAGCUGAAUCAGGACUUGCUCAGCGCCUUGGAUGCCAAAACAGCCCUAGAGAGGGAAGCUAAGCUCUUCCAAGAAAGGCUGCUUGCUGCGCAGCGAGCCUGGGAGGCGUCAAAGCAAGAGCUGAACCAGCUGAGGAAAAACUGCCAGCAGCUGGACCUGAGUUUGAAGGCCAGCAGGGAUGCAGCCGCAGGCUCGCAAAGCCAGAUCUCCUCCUUCAGGGAGAAACUCGCAAAGGUCCUUGGCAGCGGAUUGGAUAUGGCUGGGUCCGCAGAGGACGCCAUAUUGGAGAGGAUUCGAGAGCUGCACAUCCAGGAAGAGAGCAAGAAAAGGGUGGUCUCCCAGCUUGAAGCCCAGAUAUCAGAGCUUGGUGCACAGUUGGGAAACGAAGCUGAGCUUCACCGGAAAGCCCUACAGAGGGCCCAGGAGGCAGAAAGCAAGGUGGAGGCGCUUCAGGGUCAGCUGAGUCACCUGGAGGGAGAGCUGCUUUCUGGAGACGUCUUGAGAGACAGCUUGAAUCUUGAGAAACAAAAAUAUCUGAAGUUUCUGGAUCAGCUUUCAGAGAAAAUGAAAUUGGGCCAGAUAGUGGCUGACCUUGGCUUUGACAUGCGUCUGGAUGUGGUUUUAGCUCGUGCAGAGCAGCUAGUCUGCCUCGAAAGUAAUGCUGUCAUUGAAAACAGGACCAUCGCUCACAACUUACGGAGAAAGCUAAAGACUCAGAAAGAAAGACUGGAGAGCAAAGAAGUGCAUAUGAACCUCCUUCGGCAGAAAAUUGCCCAGCUGCAGCAGGAGAAGCAGGCACGCACAGCCUUGGCCGAGGAGAGGGAUGAGGCCCAGCUCUCCCUCAGGAAGCUGGAAAAGAAGGUGGAGAGGCUGCAGAGGGAGCUGAGCGCGUGUCAGGAAUGCAACACCCAGCUCAAAGCCAAAUUGGCCGACACCAGUGAACUCAAGAUUAAAGUUUUGGAACAGACCAAAGCCAUCGAAGACUUAAUUAAAUCCCGAGACGAUCUGGAGAAGCUGAAGGAGAAAGCAGAGAAAAAUCUCAUGUCGGUCAAGUCUGAGCUGGAUGCUACAGAGGAGGAAGCGAAAGAGCACAGAGAAAGGGCCAGGGCCAUGAUAGAGGUGGCCGUCAUUGAACUGAAGACCCUGAAGAAGUCUCUGGGAGAAACUGAGAGGAGAGAACAGCAGCUGGUGGACUUCAGGGAGGAGGUUUCCCAGAUGCUGGGCUUAAACUUGACCUCUCUCGCACUCCCCGACUAUGAGAUCAUCAAAUGUCUGGAGAGACUGGUCCAUUCACACCGCCAUCACUUUGUUCCCUGUGCCUGCCACACAGACCCGACGGCCGAGCAUGACUGCUGCUCGCAGUGCCACUUAGCCCUUCGACACUGAUCCCCUGCCUCAGAGACGGGGCGCACGUCUCAAGUUGUGGAAUGGAAAGCUUCCUCAUAUUUUUUGAAAUUUGGCCAGUGUAUGACAAUUAUAUACUUUGAUGACAUAGUGAGAAUAUAUCAAUAUAUCAUGGGCUGAAAAUGGUCUCCAAAGGUGCCGUACCCAGGGCCAGGGAGAUGGCUCAGCAGGUGAAGGCAGUUGCUACCAAGCCUGACAACCUGAGUUCAAUCCCUGGAACCCACAUGGUUGAAGGAGACAGUUGCCUUCUGCAAGUUGUGCUCUGCCCCAUACGCAUGCUCUGUUAUACAAGUGCACACACAUAUGCACACAUGUACACACACAUGCACACACACUCACACACAAAAAAACCAAAAGUUAAAAAGUCCCAGUCUUGGAUUAAUAUUCAGCACUAAAACCACCUAUUACUUCAUUAGCUAGUUCAUCGAGACCCACGGGAAUACCCGAGAUUCUUGCCUCGACUGGGACAUACCAGCAGAGUGUAGAAGGGUCGACCUUCUGGCCUAGAACAUCACUGAUGGCUUUGCCUCUUAAGGUAACCAUGUGCAGAAGUCUUCUGAGAAAUAGCCUUUCAAAUUAUUUUAUUUUUAUGUCUGUGUUCGUGUGUGUGUGUGUGUGUGUGUGUGUGUGCAGCUGCCAGCAGAGACCAUAAGGGGGAGUCAACUAGAAUGAAACCCUAUCUCAAACCAAGCUAACAAGCAGCCAGCUGGCUGAGUAUCCAACUAUCCAGUCCUCCUGCAACUCCAAACAAAACAAAUGUCCAUAUUAGGUUGGCUUUAGCUCAAGCAGUCACCUCCUCAUGCCAGACUUUUAUCUGCCUAAAGUGAUAAAUGUGUUAUUUUCUUUUGAUUGGUCACUAGUUACAUGUCGGGGGUCAUAGAUCACACUAGAAAUAACCCAUAUUGAUUACAACUGUACUUUAUCAUGUGAAAUUGCAUUUCAUUUAUCCAAAUGUUACGGCGCAAGUGUGUAAAUAACAAAUUCUUGAUACAUGUAUUAAUAAUUCAAUGUAUUUGAACAUACACCCUAGGGACGUUCAGUGGAAGGGAUACGUGGGAUAAGCAUAAAUAAAUUCUGGCCCUGCAGAUAGUUCAUGGACGCAGUAACUGUUUUUUGGACAAGCUGAAUAUAUGUUAGUUAAGGCAUUUCCUUUGUGUUAAAAUGCCCAUUGUUUGCUUGCCUUCCCUGGGUGCCUUCAUUCCAGAGUUGGCUUCCCAUUUUCAUGAUGUUUUGUUUCUCUAUAAUGUCCAUGUAUAUUUUAUA